CCACGAUGAAGGGAGCACUGCUUGUGCUGGCCUUGCUGGUGACCAGAGAGCUGACCUUUGAGACGCAUGAGGCGGAAGCCUGCCCUGUGUUUUAUGGAGCGGUUGGUACGAUUUUUAUUGGAAGCAAAACAUUGUUGAACUCAACGUUCGAUUUGGUUGAUGCUACUGAUGAGGAAAAGGAAGCUAUCGGAAAACUCCAGGAUUGCUUCAAUGAGGAUGGAUUUCGUGCCAAGCUUUUCAUUAUAAAACUUGUGAGUUCCAUCAUUUUAAAUGAGGAUUGCUCUGGCUAUAGAGUGUCCACAGUGUUGAACGCUGUUUCAGGAUUACUUCUCAGUGUGACGUCUUUGGUGAGAUGAUCUUUCCCAGGGAUGCCAGCGUGCACUCAAGCUUCCUGCCCUGUUCUCCUCAACUGAAGCUGGAAUCCAGAUACCUGUCCCACCUGAUGUGGUGUCUAUGAGGCUUACUCUAAUAAAAUCACUGCAGUAUUGCUCA